AUGGGCAUCGGCGCGCGGAGCGGCAGGGACGCGGCGCGCCACACGGCCGGGGCGAAGCGCUCCAAGUACCUGCGCAGGCUGCUCCGCCUGCGCCACAUGGACUUCGAGUUCGCGCUCUGGCAGAUGCUCUACCUGUUCACCUCCCCGCAGCGGGUCUACAGGAACUUCCACUACAGGAAGCAGACCAAGGACCAGUGGGCGAGGGACGAUCCUGCCUUCUUGGUGCUGCUCAGUGUCUGGCUGUGCGUGUCUACCAUAGGAUUUGGAUUUGUGCUGGACAUGGGGUUUUUUGAAACAAUAAAGCUACUACUUUGGGUGGUGUUCAUAGACUGUGUAGGCGUUGGCCUUCUGAUAGCAACGUUAAUGUGGUUCAUUUCUAAUAAGUACUUGGUAAAGCAGCAGAACCGAGACUAUGACGUGGAGUGGGGAUAUGCCUUCGAUGUCCACCUGAACGCUUUCUAUCCACUGCUGGUCAUUUUGCACUUUAUCCAGCUGUUUUUCAUCAAUUAUGUCAUCGUAUCCGAUUCUGUCAUUGGGUACUUUGUUGGGAAUACGCUGUGGCUCAUUGCAAUCGGCUACUACAUCUACGUGACCUUCCUAGGAUACAGCGCACUGCCCUUCUUGAAGAACACGGCUGUUCUUCUGUAUCCCUUCGCACUGCUCAUUGUGCUCUACUUGAUCUCCUUAGCAUUGGGCUGGAACUUCACCAAGAUGCUUUGUUCUUUUUAUAAAUACAGAGUGAAAUGAAAACAGGACUUCAUGU